AUGGCUUCUUCUCUCCGGGGCGGCUCCCGGCGGAACGCGUGGGGCAACCAGUCGUACGCCGAGCUGAUCAGCCAGGCCAUCGAGAGCGCGCCCGAGAAGCGGCUGACGCUGGCGCAGAUCUACGAGUGGAUGGUCCGAUCCGUACCCUACUUCAAGGACAAGGGGGACAGCAACAGCUCCGCCGGAUGGAAGAACUCUAUUAGGCAUAACCUGUCUCUGCACAGCAAGUUCAUUAAAGUUCAUAAUGAAGCCACGGGGAAGAGUUCCUGGUGGAUGCUCAAUCCUGAAGGUGGUAAAAGUGGAAAAGCACCAAGAAGAAGAGCUGCAUCUAUGGACAACAGCAGCAAACUCGCUAAAGUCAGAAGUAAAGCAUCCAAAAAGAAGCCCCCUCUCCAGUCUGCACCAGAAGCCACUGCUGACAGCCCUGGCUCCCAGUUCCCAAAGUGGCCUGGGAGCCCAUCCUCGAGAAGCAACGAGGACUCUGACGUGUGGAACACUUUCAGGCCUCGAACCAGUUCCAAUGCAAGCACCAUCAGUGCCAGGCUUUCUCCAAUCCUCACCGAGCAGGAUGACCUCCACGACGAAGAGCUUCUCCCGUCUAUGGUGUACUCCAGUGCGUCCAGCAACGUUCCACCAACCGUGACGGAGGAGCUUGAGCUCAUCGAUGGGUUGAAUUUGAUGUCUCCCAGCUCAUCUGUGCUGUCUACUCAGCAAUCCGCCUCCAGUGGUCAGAUCCAGAGAGAUUCCAGCUUUUCCUUGAGGAGCCCAAAUGCGGCUGGUCAGACCACUACGUUUGGCAAUUCCCUGUUUAACCCUGUUGAAAUGUCUCUGCAGAGUUCUGUCAGCCAUUUCUCCGGCCCGCAGACCUUGGAAGCUCUUCUGACACCCGGCUCUCCGCCUCCAAGGGAUGUGCUGAUGACUCAGGUGGAUCCAGUUCUCCCGCAGACUGGUGGCAGGAUGAGCAGCCGAACUCUUCUGCUUCUAGGUGGACAAUCCACUCAGAGUAAGAUGAGCUCAGGCAACGUGCGAGGAAAGCCUGCAGAGCAGCAGGCAGAACCAGUUGGUGCCAGUGUUUUGCCAUCAACGCUUCCUAUAGUAGCAUCUCCUCAAAACACUGCCAGCAUUAACAGUUUGAAGACUCCAGUUUCUGCAACAGCUGCCCAGUCGGUGCAGCUGGGCAGUCCUCCACUGCUUUCUUCUGCUGGCCCUGCUCCUCUGGGCUUGAACCAGGACAGGCUGCCCAUUGACCUGGACAUUGACAUGUACAUGGAGAAUCUUGAAUGUGAUAUGGAUUACAUAAUCAACAGUGAACUCAUGGAUGGAGAAGGACUGGAUUUUAAUUUUGAACCUGUUCCGUCUACUCCCAGCUAUCCCAGCAGCUCACAGGCUUCCAGCCACACCUGGGUACCAAGUUAACUUCAGGAGCACAAAAGUGUCCUUCAGGUUUUGAACAUUGGGUUCUGACUUCGCUUCCCACCCCUGGCAGAGAAAAGAACGGAGCAUGUUGGAUUUGCUUUCCCUGCACGCCACACCUUGGGCAGAAGGGGCUGCCCACCUGGGAAGAAGGGGCAAAACUGCAUCUGGCUGCAACAGGAAGAGGUUAAAAAUAAGAAUCCUGUUAUGUGCCACGUCUCUUCCUACAAACCUGACCCUGCCAUGGACCUUCUGGGGAAACCCUGGGCUGUGUGUGUCCGGAGAGGAGCCCUGGGAGAAACCUUGGCCAGAAGCCUCUGUGGCGGGCAGUAGUGUUUUCCCAUGUGAAGAGUUGGGUUUGCUGGAGGAAUGUCUCCAUGGCUGUCCUCUCUCUGCUACGGCAGAGUGUCCCAGUGCCUCGGGCUGGCGGAGGGCUGCUCGCUUCCCUCUUGCCUUGAAAUAGUUGGACGUUUUCAUUAAAGCCACCAGAUGUGCACUUGGAUUCCCACGGACUGGCUGAGGAAUGGGAAGCAUUGUGCUGGUGGAAGCCUGGUGGGAAGAGGGGUGCUGUUAUGGGGCUGGGGUCGGUGGUUCCAUUGUGCCCUUCUCACCGGAUCAGCCGUCAUCUUUGUGCAGCGAAGGGCUGUGGUUGUGGCAUUAGGGGCUUCCUUCAUUCAUCUGAGAGAAGCAGUGUUGAGUUUUCCACUGUGCCAACUGUGCCCUGUUGAAUCCUAAGCAUGUUCAGAGAAGUCCCUAUGCUGUUCUCAGCACAUUCCCAAUACACCAGGCUGAUGUAAAAUAGGCACGGGUGCCAAUAGCUGUUUCUGGGACGUGAAAACAUCAUCUGGGGGUUUGUUUCUCAUCUGUCAUGCUACAGCAGAGAAGGGGAAAGCCUGGGUGUGGCCUUAACAGAGCCCUGGUUGCUUUUCAGAAGGGCAUUUUCUAUAGAUGAAAUAUUUUUUUACUAAUCUGGGAACUUUCUACAGUGAAUAUGAAGCCAAUGUUAAGUGUGUCCCCGUUAGGCGUAUCGGGAGCCUCUGAGGAGGUGCCAGUGACAGACUUCUUUUUCAAAGCUGUAUUAGGAACAAACAUAUUUGAUGUUGGAUAAUGUAUAUGAUUGAGGGGAGAGUUGGCAGAUCCCCACAGUUUCCAACCGCCGUGGGGAAGGGUUGUACAUUAUUGUAAUCUAUAUGUAAAAGUAGCUGCAAAUUACAUAGAAGCUUUUCUAAACCUUUUUAAAUAUAUAUUAUAUAUUUUAAUUGAAAAUGAGAUUAUUGGAUAUAAAAAAAACCAACACUUGCUGCAUCUGUCCCCUUGAUAGCAGAUAACACUACAGAGUGGGAGGGGACAGGCCUAAGGCAUUUUGGGCCAAGAAGCUGAAGAUGUCGUUAGUACAAGUGGGAAGAGCACUGCAGUGUAACUGGGGAAUAACUGCCUCCACUAAAGCAAGUGGAAGGCACCAGCAUGGCAUUCAGCCACAGCUUCUCAUGUGCUCCCCUGGAUCCAGCAUUCCCACUGUGCUGGGGAAUGCCAGUCAGUAACUGCACUCCUCGUCCCUUCGGCAGCUGGGCUGCGUUGCAGGGAUUCCCAUUUGUGGGAUGGUGUGGGCUUGGCCAUGCUCCAUCUGCUGGCUUCCAGGCAGAGCGAUGGAGAGCACUAGCUGGUGUGUUUGGUAGCUGUCAUCUUGGGUUUUGUGAUUUUUAUUUGUUGCUGGUGUUUCUUCUGCUGCUGGGGAGCACCUCCCUGGGGCUGUGUCAGAGCUUGUCGCAUCUCUUGGUUCUUGCAGGACAGAAGCCAGGAAAGAGGAGACCAGUUCACUUGGCACAUUUCUGCUGCCAUUUGGUGCUGGCAGUGGCAAGACCUGGUGAGACGUGGUGGUGCUUUUAGGGUAUUCCAGUAGGCUGGGUCUGGCAGAACCCCUCUGGGCUCCUUGCUGAAGGAGGAGGUGGUUUCUGCUCUGGUUUCCAUCAUGCAGUGCCAUGAGCCAUGUUGUCUUGCCAGCUUGUCUGCUCUGUUGUCAUGGUCCUCAUUUCGUUUUCAUUUGAGUGGAGAUUGGAACACUGGGAGUGGUUUGUCUGCCUGCCUGCACCAAUGAGUCUUCAACAGCCUUAUCCUCAGCAUGCUCGGCCGUCAGAGCCCCUGUGUAGUCUGAUAACCUCUGCUUUGAAGGCAGUCUCUGUGGCAGACCUCAUGGCAAUGCACUUAAAAAUAAUCCACCAUCUGCAUGUCUGGCCACACCUUGCUGCAGCAAAACCAGAAACAUUGAGGAGGCAGAUCAUAAGCUGGGAUACCAGGUCUUGAGCCAGGGAUGCAUAUUCUCACUGCAGUUAGUUCAUUACUCAAAUCGACAGAUAGCCUUUCCACAAACACCUCAUGCUACAUACGGCAUGUAUUGCACAUAAUGACUGGCCAUUAUGCUGAUUCACUUAAUAGAUCCGGUGGGAUUUGGGUUUUCUGGCUGAUAAUAGGCCACUUUGUUUGCUUGGACCCCCAGGGCAAACAAGUCCCAUGAUGUGCAGAGUGAGCUGACGGCUGCCGUGCUUAGGGGUGGUUCUGCUGCUUCACAGCUGUGUAUCAAGGACAGGAUAGCAGCACAGCCAGUGCUGCUCAGUGUGACUCUCUAAUGCCUGUAUCAUGAAAACAGAGCCCAAAGCAAUAGGAAGGGCGUUGUUAGCAACAGGUGCUCUCCAUCCCUUCAACACAAAAGCAGCUGGCAAGGGCUGAAGGAGCUGGAGAGCAUGUGCUGGUGCUGAGGAUGGUGCUCAGUGAGCAAUGAAUGCAAUGUUGUGGGCUCGGGCAGAUUCUCUGCUUGUUGGUAUGUGUGGCAGGGCGGUUUGGAUCCCGGUCACGGAGGGCAGAGAUGCUGAGAAUUUGGGAGUUCUCCAACCCCUUCUCAAAUAACUUCUCCUUCAUAAAGCUUUUCUAGCCUGGGAUGUUUCCUCAUAGGACAUAAAGGACUUUAAAGUUCUUAAACCACCGCUUGCUGAAGGCUGGGAGGAGAGGUCUCACUCAGCACUUCCCUGGGAUUUGUGUUUGCUUCCGACAGAUGCUGAGUGCGGCACAGCAUCUCGGUGGGUCGUUGUUCUGAGGCAGCAGCAAUGACCAGCAGGGACUUUUGGGGGCUGUUCCCGUAAGGAGGGAUCGGGCUGGGGUUAGGGAGCAGCUCUGAGCCUGCUGGGGAAGGAGGGCAGGGGACGCUGCUGUGGGGACUGCUGCUCCCUGACAAGUGCCUGGGGGGCUCCUGGCGUGAAGCCCCCCGCCGUGCUGUGCACACCUUCCCUGUCCUCACCGUACCAAGUUCCGUUCACCUCCAGAGGAUCAAAUGCUGUCUUCCGCAACGUGAGGCCGCUGUGCUCUGGGCCCUGAAGGGUUCUGCCCAUGGAGCCUGCUGGGAGGCACGUGUAUUGCUUUCAUUUACACCUGAGUUUAGCUAAUUGCUUGAGACUUCUUCAUAACUUGAGCGUAUUUCACUACUACCAGCUCCCUGUCAAAGUUUGGGCUAUUGAAAGCUGCUUAGAGCCCUUAAUUUCCAUAGCUGGUGUGUCUAAAACCACGACAUCCCCCUGCCUGGGCUGCUUCACAAGCAGCAGUGCUGUCAUUCUGCUAAGCGAGAGGAACGAACGCAGUGGGAGCAUUCUGGAGCCCGGCUGUGCUCAUAACUGAGGCUCAUGCUAGAAGCAAGUAGCACUAAUCAGCUUUUCCAAAGGAGAUGCCUAGAAAGCUUUUCUAUAGAUCAUGAUUUGUUCAUUUUCUUACUUAGGUGCUUAUUUAUAGUCACACUCAAAUGCUGCAGUGCUAGCCUUGCUCCAGGAGGGAGAAACCUGUGUCUGGUGCUGUGGGUGGGGGUGUCUGGGGAGAGGGGGGGGUCACCAAAAUAACGUGCAAGUUUGGACCGUUGUCCAAAAAAACACUUGUAUAUCAAUUUUGGGACGUGAACCUGAACAGGGAUGGUGUAGGGUUUGCCUCAGCUGCAUGCCUGGUGAAAAGUUUGUUCUGAUUCACGUGGGGAAAAGCAAGCAGGAGGUGACUCCGGGUGCCUGAAGCUCAGUAGCGUGUGUAACUCAUCACUACAGCUCAUAACCCCUCGAGAAAGGGACCCUUGUGGUGCCAGGCAGGAGGGCAUGGCCACAGCUGGUGCUCCCAAAGUGUCUGGAGAGUCUGGCUCUGCAGGGUAGGGCAGUUCUGCUGGAAGCAGCCUUCUUCAGAGUGCUGGGGCUGGUUUGGGGAAGAGGUGUUUCCAGCACAGCUUUCUGCACUGCCAGCACAGGCACUGCACAUAGGAUGGGCACCACGAGCGGAUGCCUUUCCCACCCCAUCUCCCUCUGCACACUUUCACCCAUUUCUCAUGAGAAUUAUUUUAUUUUAUUUUUUUUUUUACAUAAUAAAUCUCUGCUUUUGUUUGCUCUCUGUAGCAGUGUAACUUCUGAACCAUUACAGGCUCUUUGUUACCAUCUGUGCUAGCAAGACUGUAGAAUGUGCUAGACUAGGGGGGAAUGUUUGACAAAUAAAAAACCUGUAAUCCUCUA